AUGCUUACGAUGCAAGGCGUCGUGCGCGACGGCCGCGACGCAUCCCUCUCCAAGAUGCGUCUCGCCCGCACCGACUCUGCCUCCUCCAUAAGCUCCUCCUCCAUCAGCUCCUCCUCCCUUGGCGACUCGCCGCUCUCCACGUCGCUGACGAGAACUCGCAGCCGUGAGGAGACCACCCUGGUGCCCGCCAAGCGGGUCGCGCGCCCCGUCCCCACGAGCGUCAAGUCGGACGCCUCGUUCCUCUCGCAGCUUACCCCCAUGGUCCCUCCACCCCCGCAAAUCACCAGCAUGAGCUCUCUCCACCAAGUCGUGGCGCGGGCUCAGGAGCAAGGCCGAAAGUACCAGCUGGCCUCUCCCGGCCUCGCCUCCCUCCGGCUCGUGCAACUUCAGCGCGAGGUUGCCUCCGCCGCCAAGUCCGCCUUCGUGCCGCCGCCGCCCGCUCCUGCCCCAGAGCCGCCACCGCUGUGGGACGCGGAGGCUGAGGAGUUGCUCGCCACGCUGGACAAGGAGAGCGCACUUGGUUUCAUCGAAGGACAUGCAGACGAGGCGACAGAUUUGGAACUCGAGGCGUGGCUAUGCCAGAACAGCUCGAUCUAG